AUGAAGCUGCCAUCCGUCUGCACUCUCCUCUGUCUCCUGGCAGGACACAGCUGGGCAGACACCCGUGCCAUCGGGGCUGAGGAAUGUCGCCCCAACUCGCAGCCGUGGCAGGCUGGCCUCUUCCGCUUCACCCGGCCCUUCUGUGGGGCCACCCUGAUCAGUGACCUCUGGCUGCUCACAGCUGCCCACUGCCGCAAGCCGUACCUGUGGGUCCGCCUGGGUGAGCACCACCUCUGGCGAUGGGAGGGUCCCGAGCAGCUGUUCCGGGCCACGGAGUUCUUCCCCCACCCUGGGUUCAACAACGACCUGAGCGCCAACGACCACAACGAUGACAUCAUGCUGGUCCGCCUGCCCAGGAGGGCGCGUCUGGGUCCCGCAGUGCAGCCGCUCAACAUCAGUGACAGCUGCGUCUCCCCAGGCACCCAGUGCCUCAUCUCUGGCUGGGGGGCCGUGUCCAGCCCCAAGGCGCAGUACCCGGUCACGCUGCAGUGUGCCAACGUCAGCGUCCUGGAGAACAAACUCUGCCACCGGGCAUACCCUGGCCACAUCUCGGACAACAUGAUCUGCGCCGGCCUGUGGGAGGGGGGCCGGGGCUCCUGCCAGGGCGACUCUGGGGGACCCUUGGUCUGCGACGGGAUUUUGGCUGGUAUAGUGUCUGGGGGCGGCGAGCCCUGCUCCAGACCCCGGCAACCUGCGGUCUACACCAGCGUAUGCCACUACACGAACUGGAUCCAAAACGUCAUGGAGGAAAACUAAGUUCUCCGCCUUGAACGACUAAAGAAGGAGGGUAGGCGCCGGGUAGGGAGUUUCCGCAGGGCCCGCGCCUGUAGGAUUUAAGCCCUUGACCUCCAGCUGCCCGGGAGACAACGCUCUGGACAUUCAGGCUCCGCCUCCGCGCGGGUCCACCGCGACACAGCCAUGCCCCCUCCGGACGGAGUAUGGACUCCGCUGCGGGUUCCGUCUCUACGACGUCACCGAGAACCCACACCGCCCCUGGAACUGCGCAGCAUGUGGCUCCGCCCCCAGGAACGCCUCCCACCAAAUGACCCCGCCCCUCUGAACUUUGCCCAAUGGGACUUCCCCACUGCACUCUGGAGCCCGCCUCCUCCGCCAGAGGACCCGCCACCGUGUGGUCCGGGCCGGGAAGCCCCGCCCACGUAAGGGCAUAAUCAGCGUCGGGGCUCCGCCCCUUGUGGCCCCGCCCUGGGCGUGUUCUGGGUUUGAAUCUUGGCGCCGACCCGACUGAGAAUGUCGGGGGAGGAUCUCGAUUCCCUCAUAGCCAAUGCGUGCUUUUACAAAUAAAGUC